UAAACAGUUCACAAACUCCCGCAUGCGUGAGAUCGAAACGGCAUAAACAUCAUGUACGGUACGAGUACAGUACUAGCACAGUAAGAAAGCAAGGAUUUAUAUUGCACGAGUGACGUCCAGUGACCCCUGUUUCCCCCCGUAUCCGGGAGGGGCGUAGCAUACCGGCAGAACGUGCCGAUACAAACUAGACGCUCCUCUCGCUUAGCGCAAAGCCUUGCAAGGUGUGCUUGUAGCGAAAAUAAUAAAAAUAAAAAUUCAACAAGCAUCGUUCAACCAAUUUUCCUAGACUAAGCUGUUUUCACCAACGAAAACGAAGCACCCAAUUAAUAAUUGAUUAAAAAAAUUAUAUUUUUGGAUUAUAUCCGCACUCCGGCCUCGGUCCCCCACCAUAUCGGGUAAAACGAACGACAUGCGGGCGUAGGGAGUACUCUUUAGGCAUCGGAGAUAGCCUUUUUUUCUUUUCUUUUCCGUUCGUCCCUUUCAAAGCGUCGUUCAGGGGCGAGGUACAUGACUCGGGUUCAAUAGCUUGGCCGCACCCGCCAGCGGAUCCUGUAUAAGGCCGCUGCCCCCCAACCACUAUGGAAGCGGUACUGAUCAACGACUUGAAGGAAUUGGGGAAUCGUGGUUAGAGAUCUUGCCCUGCUUACAACUUGGCCGCUCAUUCAGCAAUCUGUCCACUCAGCCAACCAGGCAGCCAACCCGGAUCAACAGAACAUCCGCACACCUGAGCUCGGUCGGUCACUCGCAGGAUAGAUAUCACGAAAAUGCCGCUCGGUGAUUUACCCAACGAGCUCCACCUCCUGAUAGCGGAGAAUCUCGACGCGAAAGACCUAAACUCGUUCCUCCAAACAAAUGUACGCGCUGCAAAUUUACUGAACCCGAUGCUCCUCUCCCUCGCCACCAAGGGGAAGUACGGCGUUCUUGCGUUAUCCUGGGCUGCGGCUCACGGGCAUGCCUCGAUGGUGAAAUUCCUAAUGGAGAGGGGCGCGAACUAUUCCGUCCGAGAAACGCUCGGUUGGACGGUCCUCCACCGCUCCGCGUUUCUGGGAAACGCAGCAAUGGUGAAAACCCUGCUGGACCACGGCGCACGGAUAUCGGAUCGUGAGCAACUGGGGAGGACAGCGUUGCACCUGGCAACGCAUAACGAGCGCCAGGGCGAAGCGGCACGAAUCGUGUCACUGCUGCUGGAAGGCGGUGCGGAUGCAAGUACCCAAGACUUCAACGGGAGGACACCGUUGCACGAGGCAACGCAAAUGAGCAGCCUCCCGGCGAUGAAAAUCCUCCUGGAAAAGAAUCCAUCCGUGGUGCACCUCCGCGAUUGCAACGGGCGAACGGCACUGCACCUCGCGGUGAAGUACGGAAAAGACGAGUCCGUUCGUCUACUGCUCGGCCACGGGGCGGACAUACACGUGCGCGACAACGACCAGCGCACGCCACUACACCUCGCCGCCAUAUCCUCCGGUGCAACCAUUGUGCGGUGCAUAAGGGCUGGUGCGAACGUUCACGACGUGGACUCGAAUCACCAGACCGCGCUCCAUCUCGCUGCCCAAUACUCGCAUCUGUCCGCCGUGGAGUGGUUGUUGGAUGCUGGUGGGGACAUCACGGGGCAGGAUCGUGCGGGGCAGACGCCAUUGCAUUUGACGGCCAAGUCUGGGAACGCGAGGCUCGUGGGUUGCCUGUUGCGGAGAGGGGCGAAGACGGGGAUUAGCGAUUUUCUGAACAGGACCGCAUUGGAUGUUGCGGUGCAGAUGAUGAAUGAUCGUGUUGCGAUGAUGUUGGUGAAGCGGCAAAAGGAGGAGUCGGGUGUGUGAAGUUGGAAGGGGCCGAGAGUCGCGUGGUGUGGUACAAGUAACUUGUUGCGGGCGAUACUAUCAUACAAGUGGAGUGUGGGCAGGUUGUGUCGGGCAAACCAUUCGGUUGUUUCGGGGGCGAACUGGACGGCUUUCUCCUUUCUUUUUUCUUUUUUCAGGGAUCGAAGCAUUAUCCUCUGGGGGGGGGGUUAGAUACCGGUAUCUGUGGCUUGGCGAACCAGAUUGGGAUAGCAUAGUUCCAAAAAAUAGUGAAUUUGCUCCUCG